CCCUCAGCUUCAAACCACCACCUUCCACCCUCAGAACACCUACCAGGUUCUAGUAUUCAGUUAUCGGCGCCUUCCGACGAGCAAACCUCUCUUCACGCAAAUUAAUAUGCCAUCCUCAACGAGAACCAGUGGUCCUGCUUACCCUCCCGCUGCACACACCACCCAGCGUCUCGCCCUCGGGUCUGAAGAUAUAGUCGCAUCCCAGCCUGGAUCCACGCAAAGCAUGUCCCUUUCUUCGCAACAGGGCGCCGCGCCGAAGCAGAGAGUCGAUGGCGCAGACGAACCCUUGAGGUUAAGGGGAGGAUGUAUUCCCUGCCCGGGUGGCGGAAUGUGCUUUAUUAUCCCGUGCCCCUGUUGCUGAGGGCGUAGGCCUGGAUGACGCCACCGCAUGAAACUCAGAAACGCUGCUCGGAAGGUACACUGAGGCAAUGCAACAUUAUUGUUAUCUGACGCUCUGAUUACUCGCAUAUAAUGAAGGACCUUUGUAUCCAUAUCGCAUUUGUUUUUGAGACGUAUUCUAUCUCCAUAUACUGCUUACAACUCUCCUGCGCUUCACACUGUAUUCCGAUG